AUGAUUCAACUGAGCCUGAUUAUUAAUCUUAUGUAUGGAAUUACUAUUUCAAUAACAGUCAUUUCAUCUAUUUUAAGUUAUGCUAACAAACAGCAUUAUGUUCCAACUAUGCCAUUUCAAAGGUUGAUAGUUAAUGCUUAUUGGAAUUUAAGUCAAUCCUCUAACAUUUUAAUGAUAAAUGAAAUGAUUUCAAAUGGCAGAAAACGACAUUUACCAACAUAA